GAAUACAGUAUUCCGUACACUCACCACGACCCGGCCGUCCUGUCACCCCUACCCACUGCUCCCCCUUCUGCCGGUGCCCAUCUUAUAACCGGCAAGGUCUCUAUAUAAAUCAGUACCGCCCACUUUGCCCGGCCCCCCUGCUCCUCCCACCAUCAUGACGGAUCCUACGCCCGCCCAGGAGGAGUUUGCCGCCUUCGUGGACAAGAACAAUCGCUCCGAGCUCGACAGAAUCCACCCCGAGGACCGCGACGCGGCGGCUAUCGAGCGCGACGAGCGGAGCGAGGACGAGGAAGACCGCUACCGGGCCGCGCAGAUCGAGGCUGCCAUGCGGAUGCCCACCAUGGACGCCCGCACCGAGAUCCGGCUGCCGCCCGCGUCGUUCGACAUGGGCCGCUCGACCGGCGUGAAGGGCGUCAUCGCCGACGCCCGGUCCUACGAGACGGCCCGGCGCGCAAAGUGGAAGGAUCGCGUGCGUGCCGCCCGCCGCAGCGUGUUCGGCCUGGACGGCGCCCGGCAGGAUCGCGGCGGCAGCAGCGGGCCGGACAGCGACGGCAGCGGCGCCGAGGACCCCGACGAGGCUGCCUUCUUGCAGCAGUGGCGCGAGAGCCGCCGGCGCGAGCUCGAGCAGGAGAGCAGAAACCCCGUGCGCAACCGGAGGACGAGUCCGAGCGUCCGACUUUACGGCCGCUUCGACCACGUCGAUGCCCUGGGGUAUCUCGACGCCAUCGAGAAAGUGGGGAGGGAUACGGUAGUUGUCGUGUUUGUCUACGACCACGAGUGCGAGGUUUCAGCAGCCAUCGAGUCUGCUCUGGUUCCCCUGGUCAGCGCCUACCCAGCCGUGCACUUCGUCAAGGUGCACUUCGAGGACAUCGACUUCGACAAUGCCGGCGUGCCGGCCAUCCUUGCCUACCGGAACCAGGGCGACCUGUUUGCCAACCUGACCGGCAUCUUGGAGAUGAUCCCCGACGACGACGACUUUGAUACAGACUCGCUCAAGAGGCUCUUCGUGAAGCAGGGAAUCUUGUGACGAUCAUGUGCUUCAUGGAUAUCCUUGAACAAUUUUUUUUUCUUUUUUUCCUUCUUGGUUCUUUCUUUGGGCUGGUUUUCAAGCACUUGCGCAGAGAGAUUACGGUACAGUGGGGACGCUGAGCUUGUGAAGGUCGUCUGGGGCCCUCAUGAUUUGGCUUGGCCAUGUGA